AUGGACCGCAAGGCUGAGGAGAAGAGAAAGCAGCGCCACAGCCUGGCUUUACUCGAGCAGGUGAAGAGCAUGAAGGAAUGCGCACAGAUCAUCGACGUGGUGCUGGUGGCAGAGGGCCAGAAGUUCCCGUGCCAUAAGGUGGUGCUGGCUGCCUUCAGUGCCUAUUUCAGGGCCAUGUUCACGUGUGGCCUGGCAGAGUGCACGCAGAGGGAGGUGGUGCUGCACGACGUGUCGGCCGAGAGCGUGUCGGUGAUCCUGCACUACGUGUACAGCGCCGAGCUGCGCCUCACCGGCCUCAACGUGCAGACUGUCGCCCUGGCCGCCUACUUCAUGCAGAUGGAAGAGGUCUGCAGCAUGUGUCAGAAGUACAUGAUGGACCACAUGGAUGCUUCCAACUGCGUGGGCAUCUAUUACUUUGCAAACCACAUCGGGGCGGAUGAUUUAUGUGACCAAGCGAGGAAAUACACGUAUCAGCAUUUUGCUGAGGUGAGCUUGCAGGAAGAGAUACUCGAGAUUGAAUUCCAGCAGCUGCUGACCCUCAUCAAAUCAGAUGAUCUGAAUAUUUCCAGGGAGGAGAGCAUUCUGGACCUCGUCAUUAGAUGGGUCAAGCACAGCAGAGAGUCCCGUUCACAGCACCUUGUUGAGCUCCUCAAGCAAGUGAGACUGGUGCUCGUCAGCCCCUCUUUCCUUGUGGAAGCCCGGAAGAGGAACACAAUGAUUCUGUGCAACUCAGAAUGCAAUGAUAUGUUCGAGGAAGCACUGAAAACCAUCCAGCUGUCCAGGCACCCUUCCCUCAGCCUGAGAUAUGGCAUGGAGACCACGGAUCUGCUGCUCUGCAUCGGCAACAACUCCCUCGGCAUCAGGUCCAGGCACGGCAGCUAUGCAGAUGCCAGCUUUUGUUAUGCUCCUGUGACAGGAAAGACCUACUUCAUUUCCUCCCCAAAGUAUGGAGAGGGCUUGGGAUGUGUUUGCACUGGAGUUGUCACUGAGAAAAAUGAAAUCAUUGUGGCAGGCGAGGCAAGCGCCGUGAAAAUGUCUAGACAAAGGAUGAGGAACAUUGAAAUUUAUAGAUACCACCAGCGAGGAAACCACUUUUGGCACAGCCUGUGCAGCACUCAGCUCCGCGAGCUCUACGCGCUGGGCACUGCCCACAACGACCUCUAUGUGAUAGGAGGGCAAAUGAAAGUGAAAAAUCAGUACCUGGUCACAAACUGUGUGGAGAAGUACUCCAUGGAGCAAGGCACCUGGAGAAGCACAGCGCCCCUGCCAGUGCCACUCGCCUGCCACGUGGUGGUGACCGUGAAGGACAAGCUGUACGUGCUGGGUGGAUGGACACCACAGAUGGAUCUGCCUGACGAGGAGCCGGAUCGAUUGAGUAACAGAACGUUUUGCUACGACCCGCGCCAAGACAAAUGGGUGGAGAGAGCCUCAAUGAAGUUCUCCAAGUACCGCUUCAGCACUGCCGUAGUCAAUGGGGAGAUUUAUGUCUUGGGAGGAAUUGGGUGCCUGGGUUAUGACAGAGGACAGACACGGAAAUGCCUUGAUGCAGUGGAGAUUUACAACCCUGAUGGAGACUUUUGGAGGGAUGGAGCCCCUCUGCCUUCUCCCCUCCUCUCCUUACGAACCAACUCCACCAGUGCAGGCUGCGUGGAAGGGAAGCUGUACCUCUGUGGAGGAUUUCAUGGAGCAGCUCGUCAUGAAGUGAUCACCAAGGAGAUCCUGGAGCUGGACACGUGGGAGAACCAGUGGAACGUGGUGGCCACCAACGUCCUCAUGCAUGACAGCUACGACGUGUGCCUCGUGGCCCGGCUGAACCCACGGGACCUCAUCCCUCCUCCUCCAGAUUUAGUGGACCAAUAG